AUGAAUCGUUACGAUGACGGCGAGCUAGAGAUAUCUCUGGCACCAUCUGCAAACGCUCGCGCACAACACAGAGCCUCGGACGCCGGCUCACACUCACGUCGUGAUUCGCAAAAUGGAAACAGCAGGAGGAUGGAAACGGUUCCGGCACCGCAAAGAAAGACGGAGCAGCGAGUGGGCGCAUACUCAGUCAUACGUACGCUUGGAGAGGGUUCCUUUGGAAAGGUUAAAUUGGCGGUCCAUCGAGUGACAGGUCAACAGGUUGCGUUGAAGAUUAUUGGAAGGAGGAAGUUGAUCAGUCGUGAUAUGGCUGGGAGAGUGGAGCGAGAAAUCGAAUACCUUCAGCUUUUGAGACAUCCUCAUAUUAUCAAAUUGUAUACCGUCAUUAAAACGACCUCCGAGAUAAUUAUGGUUCUUGAAUAUGCCGGAAAUGAGUUAUUCGAAUAUAUCGUACAACAUGGAAAGAUGAGAGAAGAUGAAGCCAGGCGGUUUUUUCAACAAAUUAUCUGCGCAGUCGAAUAUUGCCAUAGACAUAAGAUCGUACAUCGAGAUCUAAAACCCGAGAAUCUUCUUCUUGACGAGAACCUAAAUGUCAAAAUCGCCGAUUUCGGACUUAGUAACAUCAUGACGGAUGGAAAUUUUCUCAAGACAAGCUGCGGAAGUCCAAACUAUGCCGCACCCGAAGUCAUUAAUGGAAAAUUAUACGCUGGUCCUGAGGUCGACGUCUGGAGUUGUGGUGUCAUAUUAUACGUUUUACUUGUGGGAAGAUUGCCUUUCGAUGAUGAACAUAUUCCCUCUCUAUUUGCGAAAAUUGCUAGGGGUCAAUACAAUGUCCCUAGUUAUAUGGGUCGUGAAGCUGCCGCGUUGAUCAAGAAAAUGUUGGCCGUCAAUCCGGUUCACAGAGCUACCAUUGCCGAUAUCCGAGACGAUCCUUGGUUUACUACAAAUCUACCUGCUUAUUUACAACCUCCGGUGGAAGAAUUUAUUGAUACAGGUGUCGACCCGGCAAAGGCUAUCAAUCCCCGAGCAAUUGCACCUCAUGCCAGCCCAGCCAUCCAGGAGAAAUUACAUGUACAAGUUACUGAAAAAAUUAGUAAGACGAUGGGUUAUGGUAUCAAAGAUGUUCAAGAGGCUUUGGCUGCGGAAGAACCUUCGGCCAUUAAAGAUGCGUAUCUUAUUGUUCGGGAGAAUAAGUUGAUGCAAGCUAAUCCAAAUCUCUUCGAUGAUAAAAAUCAACUUCUUUUCCAGAUUCCCUCACCUCCAGCAUACGACUCAGCAAUUCCCCCCUCAUUACCUAAUUCGCCUUCGGUUGCCAUUAAGGAGCGACCCGGUAAUGUUCAACCAGCAGUUGCGCCAUUUCAGCCUCGGCCUAGCCCCCUUCUUGAUGCCGUAUCGCCAAGAUCCAGUAGUUCUAUUGGAACUGAUAGAUCAUUUGGUCGACCAUAUGUUAGCAAAAUCGGAAUUUUGCCAAGCAGUAUUCCACAAUACCAUAAAGAGUUUAUGGAAACGCACAAAUCUGGCCAUCAGGAGAGUACUCUGUCAACAUCUCACUCAGAGGUCAUCGAACCAUCACCUCAAACAGACGCUGAAAAAGCCGAAACAGUUCGCCGCUUGAAUCCACACUCUAGAGCUCUGGCGAAACUCGAUGAAGGUAAGAAACCGGCAGGUAUGACUCCAGUUCCAUCGAAAAAAUCAAAGCCCACAAAAUGGCAAUUUGGGAUUCGAUCUCGAAAUCAACCUCUUGAAGCAAUUGGAUGCAUUUAUAGAGCUCUUCAAAAGCUUGGUGCCGAAUGGUUAGUCGGCGAUGAAUGGACACCUGGUCAGAAUGAAAGUAAUGGGAACAAUCGCAAUGAUAAUAAUAAUGACAAUGAUCCAAAUGGAAGUGGAGCCUCUCUGCAUCGCGAAACUUCUAUGAAUGAUACCUCAUCGAAGAGAAAUAGAUUCAGUGGUAUGGAUAAGCAAGGAAACUACAAGUUACCGGAAGAUCCAUGGGUGCUUCAUGUCCGUUGGAAGAAAACUGACAUCCGACGUCAUUCCAUUGCUUCCCUGAACAGUUCAACUUCUAGUCCCGCACUCCCCUCCUCAAUGCCAAAAGAUGAUGAAUCUGAUGCAGGCGUCAUCAUGCAUCUCGAUAUCCAACUCUAUGAAAUGGAACCCAGUGUCUAUCUAGUGGAUUUCAAAUGCGCAGGAUAUGAAACUGCAAAGGGUAUGCUGUGCGAGGAAAAAGAUGUUACUAGUCCUUUCCCUUUCUUGGAUUUGGCUAGUAAAUUAAUCAUUCAAUUGGCGGAAGCUGAUUAG